CGUCCUUAGGCAACGAGCAGCUGGUCCUAGUAGGCACCCUGACGACCAUCUCUUCCUUAGUGCUGCUCUCGCUGUUACUGCUGCUGUGCGCCAACUGCCAGGGGCCAAAGAAAGCAAAUGGCUGCACAGUAGACCACGAGAACCUCAUGAAUGGAGUGUCUGAGAGAGAGACAUUUACCGGUAUUCAGUCUGUGGACAGCCCAGGGACUGACCUAUUGGUGAGCAGUUCACACAACGGCCCACUAACCAGUGGCACAGUGUUGACAGACACCCAGGACAGCAGUCCCCAGCCCUCUGAGGAGAUGCUGUCCAGCCAGUCAGAGCUGCGGAGCUCCAAGUGUCCCCAGGACCGUGAGCUGCCCAGCAUCCCACCCAACAGCGCUCUGGAGGGGAUGGGAUCCUCCAACGGACCCCCUCUCCCUCCCUCUGGAGAUGGCACCUACGAGGUGGUGAAGGAAAGAGGCGGCAUCUUGACAGCGUCCCGGGACGUGAGUGUUGAAGACUCCCUGUACGAGACGGUCAAAGAGCUGAAGGACCAUCCAGGAAGCAUGGCUGUAGGUCUACCCAACGGACACGGUACUACGUCCCCCCUCAGCCCUGAUGACAAUGACAUUUCCCACCACAACCACCUCCCACCUCCCCGCCACCCUCCAGCCCUCCACAACGGCCACCUCAGCCCCGGCAGCACCCCGGAGCGAGGGCCCCUGUGCGCGGGAGUGGAGUACGCCUCGGUGGAUCUGAACAAGAAGAGCCGUCACAGUGCAGACCUGGAGGCCAGGCGCUCAGCCACCAUCGCUGCUGCUGUGAGCCCCACAGAGGAGCCCGAGGAGGAGAGACCCCCGCCUGUGCCUGACAAGGUGCUGGAUGAGAAUGACAACCAGCCUACCAUGAUGGACGCAGGAGGGGUGGUGGUAAUGGGGGCUGCGCUGCACAACGGAGAGUUAGACUUUCCACUGUCUACCUCACCGGGGCUAGACAACCAUGUGCUGUCAGGGAUCGAGCUGUCAGACCUGUACUCCACGGUGGGGAAGCCAGGUCUAGAUGUGGAGGAGAAGGAGAGUGACUACAGCAGCAUUGCUGAUAUCAAGGGACUGGUCCCCGAGUCUUCCUCCAGCGAUCUUGACCCUGGCUACGAAACCAUCCACAUCCCUAAGACUGGUAGUGGAGAGGACUUGGGGCUGGGGAACCAGGUUCAAGAGCCAGACUAUGAGAGUGUAGGUGAGCUGGCCCUGGGGUUGAACAGGGAGAGCUCCCGUCUCUGACUGCCUAUGGGCCCUAAAGCCUUAGUCUCUGGGGCCUCACCCUCAACCCCAGCCAUUAACCUAACUCCUAGCCUCACCCUCAACCCCAGCCAUUAACCUAACUCCUAGCCUCACCCUCAACCCCAGCCAUUAACCUAACUCCUAGCCUCACCCUCAACCCCAGCCAUUAACCUAACUCCUAGCCUAACCCUCAACCCCAGCCAUUAGCCUAACUCCUAGCCUCACCCUCAGCCCCAGCCAUUAGCCUAACUCCUAGCCUCACCCGCAACCCCAGCCAUUAGCCUAACUCCUAGCCUCACCCUCAACCCCAGCCAUUAGCCUAACUCCUAGCCUCACCCUCAACCCCAGCCAUUAGCCUAACUCCUAGCCUCACCCUCAACCCCAGCCAUUAACCUAACUCCUAGCCUCACCCUCAACCCCAGCCAUUAACCUAACUCCUAGCCUAACCCUCAACCCCAGCCAUUAGCCUAACUCCUAGCCUCACCCUCAGCCCCAGCCAUUAGCCUAACUCCUAGCCUCACCCUCAACCCCAGCCAUUAGCCUAACUCCUAGCCUCACCCUCAACCCCAGCCAUUAGCCUAACUCCUAGCCUCACCCUCAACCCCAGCCAUUAGCCUAACUCCUAGCCUCACCCUCAACCCCAGCCAUUAGCCUAACUCCUAGCCUCACCCUCAACCCCAGCCAUUAGCCUAACUCCUAGCCUCACCCUCAACCCCAGCCAUUAGCCUAACUCCUAGCCUAACCCUCAACCCCAGCCAUUAGCCUAACUCCUAGCCUCACCCUCAACCAGCAGCCCUGAUGUGAGGGAGACCACCACAUGGCUCUGAACGACAACUUUCAACCCUACCAUCCAUCACCAGUUCAGGGUUUCCGCUCACUGCCCCCUCAGUGCAGUUUGGGUGCGCCCACCGCCCAAGGUUAUCUGAUUGAACUAUAAUCUUAACUCUCCAUUCAUGGUGCCCUUAAAUUACAAUGUACGCAGGGUGCUGUCAUGUCAUUGAUAUCUGAACUAUGAAAUCACCGUCCAUUGUCAAGUUAUUGGCCUCCGUCCUCUUUGUUGUCAUCGACUGUUAUCAAUGUGGGAAGGGAAGGGACAUUAUUAAAUGCACUACAUUAUCCAUUACCAUCAUAAUCACUUCAUCAGACCACAGAAUGAUCCAUUCCUAGGCAUUUAUAACCAGUCAUUACAAACUGAGUUAAUGUUAUAAGGCUGGUGACAAGCUGACUGGCCAGUGACGUUUGUCAGUGCCUUGUGAUUGAAAACCAACCGAGUCUUUGUGCCAUAAUGUCGUUCUAUAAAGGUUUGAGUAGAAGGUUUCCCCACAAUGUAGUGCCACUUUUUAUGUAGUCCGUUCUUCCUUUGUAGUGCCCCAUUUCAUUCAGAACUUCAUGAGAGGUAUGACAGAUAUGAGAGAUAUGACAGAUAUGCGAGAUAUGAGAGACAUUAAAAUAUGAUAGACAUGACAGAUAUGACAGAUAUGACAGAGAUGACAGAUAUGACAGAUAUGACAGAUAUGAGAGACAUGAGAGAUAUGCGAGAAAUGACAGAUAUGACAGAUAUGACAGAUAUGGUAGAUAUGAGAGAUAUGAGAGACAUGAGAGAUAUGAUAGAUAUGGUAGAUAUGAGCGAUAUGAGAGACAUGAGAGAUAUGAUAGAUAUGCGAGAGAUAUGAUAGAUAUGUGUACUUACAUACUAUUGUGAAAUAAGUAGCAGCAAAUCAGGCAGUUUAGACAUCUAAACUCAAAAAAGAACGGCUUGUUUUAGUUUCUAAAGCAUUUAAAAAACAUUUCACAUGUCAACCGUUUGAUCAAAUUCAUAUUUAUUUCAAGAUGAUGGAUCAUUGUGUGAUUUAAAGGGAUAUCAGGAAGGGCGUUUGUUUAUGAGGGAAACUUUAAGAGGUUUUGUUCUGUACACGGGAUAAAGAGAAGAAGAAGUGGGUUGCCGUGGUAAUAAAGUAGUAGUCAAGGUACUCAUAAAUGAUCCUGACUUUUUAGAAAAGGACUUUCAAAAGACAAACAAUGGUGAGACCAUAUCUAUCAAUGUUGUGAUUUCUUCUUAAAUCCCGUGAGAAUUGUUCAACUCAGUUGUUUUUCUUUUUUAUAUUUCUUCACAGGAUUCAAAAUGUAUUUAAAAUACUUGUAUUCUCUCAAUGUGACAAUAUGCAACAGCAAAACUGUGUGUGUUAAUUGAUCAAGGUGUAUAAUAUGUGUUUGUACGGCGUGUUUAUGUUUCUGCUUACCCUGAUGUAGGUACGCAUACGGUCCGUAUUAAUAUGGUAGAAAAUUAUUCUAAAGCACAGUGUCAAAAACGUUAUGGUACAGCUUGUGUACAGAGCAUAGAGCAUCAUCAUCAUCAACUGAGUGUACAAAACAUUAGGAACACCUUCCUAAUAUUGAGUUGGCGUGGACAC